CUUUACCUAAACCACUCUUACCGUAAGCCGUAACCCCUUUCUCCGAACAACCCGGAUCCAAUCCUCUCUCAAACUCAAACCAGUAACUACCGCCGACAUUCCAUCGUGCCUCCCGCCGAAGUCACCCACGCCGGAGGAAAGACCAUGGCGGCGGUUAACAAAACUCUAGAUACUUCCAAUGAAGGUAGAUUCAAGCCUCCACCAGAUUUUCUAGAGGAUGAGAGAAAUUCUCUUAUUGAAUCUGCUUUAUCAGAUAAAUCCGAGCUUUGGCUUAUUCAAUGGCCGAAAGAUCAGCUUCCUGAUUUUGACGGUCAAGAACUAUCCCUGAAGCUUAAUAACGAUGGAUUGCUCGGAAAUUUUGAGGGUUCAUCAGGUAAGUCAUAUGAUGUGAUCAGUUAUUCAGCACUUGCUCCAGAAGCAAAUGUAUUCACCUCAUCAAAGAUUGCUGGAAAGAUUUCUCGUCGUGUAUCGUUUGUUCACUACCCAGAUCCAAGUGAAAUCCAGAAACCUGUUAACAGUAGUUUGAAGCAAUUGUAUCAGAGAUCUUCAGGAACUGGAACUUCUCGGACCCAUUCAUCUCACACUUUUGCUACUCCAACACGAAGUAGUCAUAAGUCAAAAAGCUCAAAAUCGACAAGUAGUAAAGGGGGUUCAGCAUAUAUUGGAAGAAAUCUUAACUCGGUCUCUGAGGCUGGGGAGACACCAAAACUAGGAAAGAGGAAACAUAACGAGGAACAUAGUCGCCAACAGUCGUCGGGUAAAAGCUCUGGUUCUCUCCAACAUUCAAGUGAAAAGAAAUCAAAGAAAAAACAGAAAGUUUAGAGCUAGGAUAUGGAUUUAUCAAUGAACUUGAAGGAGGUAAGGAUACAUAUCAAUUUUCUGUUUUAUGCUAUAUAAAGUAUUAACCUUUGAAGUCAUUUUUUAGACCAAUUAUGAACUUUGUAUCUUGUCAUCUUUUA